GGGAGUGAGUGGUUGGGGUGCCGGUUAAAUUGGGGCUUCGAGCUCAUAUCGACCAGCCUCUAGGGUGGGUGCAGUGCAGCGCAGUGCAGACUUGCAGCAAACAGCAAACAGCAGCCAGGUCAUCUCGGGAUAAUAGCAAUCGAGCCUGUGGGGGGGAAAGCUAUGCCAGCACUCUGCAUAAAUAGACAGCGGUGGCCCUUAGGUAGGGCUCCGGGGAAAGUAUUGUUCUUCGUGAUCCUCAUCUUUUUUAUAAGUCCCUUUCACCAUGAAGUUAUUGCUUUGGACAGCAGCCAUGCUCGCCACGGCUGGUGCCCGGCCAUCGCCUCGCGCGGGGACGACCAAUCCGACUUAUUUCUUCACGUUUGGCGACUCCUACUCGCAGACCGGGUUCAGUGCCUCCGGAACUCAACCGUCUGCUGCGGCGCCGAUGGGCAAUCCGGAUCUAGGAAUCGGCACCACCACCAACGGCCCCAACUACAUCGGCUACCUGACCACGCAGGAGAACGCCUCCCUCGUGCUCAACUACAACCUGGCCGCCGGCGGCGCCACCAUCGACAACGCCCUCGUCCCCGCCUACCCGGGCGACGUCGCCGCCCAGCUCCGCCUUUUUGGGGCGGUCUACAGCGACAAGCCGGCCAGUGCGCCGUGGACCUCGCGCGAUGCCGUGUUUAGUUUCUGGAUCGGGAUUAAUGAUAUCGGCAACGCCUACGCCACCACCGACGCCGCAAGCUACACCCCCCAGCUCAUUGCGCGCCUCAAGCAGCAAGUCGCCCAGCUGUACGCCACCGGCGCCCGCAAGUUCUUGUUUCUGAAUGUCCCGCCCACCAGCCGCAGUCCCUUCUUUCUGGACCAGGGAAAUGCCACCGUCGCGCGGCAUGCGGCGUACUUGGCCACGUAUAACCGGAAUCUGGAGGCGAUGGUGCAGGGGUUGAGGGGGGAGUUUGCCGGGGUUACCACCGUCUUCUACGAUGCGUGGUCAUUCAUGACCAAGAUCCUCGACGAUCCGACGGCGUAUGGGUUCCCGGACGCGACGUGCAUCAAUGAUGAUGGGGUGAGUUGUAUUUGGUGGAAUAAUUAUCAUCCGGGGAUGAAGUAUCAUUUGCUGCAGGCGGAGGAUAUGAAGAAGCAGUUGAAAGUUCUCGGGGGGUGGUAG